AUGCGCGCCUCGCCACUUAAAAGAGACGGCAUUGAAGGCGACGCAGUGGGCCGGAGGGUUGGGCGUGCUGUUCUUCACGGCGGAGCUGCUGCAGUCGCCGGUAGAGCGUUGGUGCGGUGCUUCUCGAGGAAGCAUAGGUCUGACACCCGCCGUAUAAAUCCGAAGGUGCCGAGGGAGGAAGCCACCGCAAUCUCUCACAGCCUCUACCAGAUCGUCAAGGACCAUGGCCCCCUCUCCGUCUCCAACACUUGGAACCACGCCAAGCAUUUUUUAACAUCAAGAAACCUAUGGCAAUGUGAUGUGGAGGAAUCUAGCAUCAAUGGAUCGAACAGUAAAACCCAUAUGAAAAUCAUGCUGAAAUGGAUGAUGGGUAGGAAGAUGCUCAAGCUUUCAUGUACUCAUGUUGAUUCUGCAAAAGAAGUUUCACCGCUCUAUUCUGCCGGAAGAUCCUCAAGCUCCGCACCACCAUCUCACACACUGAAUGACUCUAGGCAAGGAGAAAAAAGCAGACACAAAGUACAUCAAAUAGGAGGGGGAUAUGAAGUAUGUUUCAUGCCACAGCGAAAAGGAUAUAAGCUGUGCUCAAUGUUGUGAGUGAACAACGUCAUUAUCUUGUCAUUAGAUAAACAUGUUUCAACCUCAACACCCUAAGUCCAUAAUUCAUGUGAAUCCUAAUGUAACGUUUUUAGCUUGUGAUGACCAAUUGUGAGCACAGUGUUUAUUAUGCUGUUAUUUAUUUUCAUACUGACGAGAGCCUAUCUAAGUAUUAUUUCCAAAA